AUGACCUCCACGGGUGUUCCUGACGGAACGAUGGAGUUCGCGCCUCUGGAGGUCCAACAGAAUGGACUCUACCUGAACGUUUUGAACGUCGAAGGGGUCGGGACGUACCUCAUCGACACGUCUCAGCUCAAUAUCGGUGAAGAGGGUUUGUGGGAGAUCACUCCGGUGGCUUCACGGGCUUUCGGUCAGAACGAGGUCAUCGUCUCCCAAGCGCUCCCCGAAGCUACCGAAGAAGCGGCCGAAGAAGACUCCUCGAAGGACGUGAGUGCCUGGAUACUUCAAGUGAUUCCUACGAGUAAUACUUUUCGCGAAGACACAGGCUCUAUAUCCGUCGACGAAUAAUCUUCCCAGGUGGUGGAAACGUUCCGAUGUCAAAUCUGUGAGCUGGAGUUCGCUUCGGAAUGUAGGCUAUCGCUCCACGCGAAAUCUCAUUUCAUGGAGAAACCUUUCAAGUGUCAGAGCUGUGAGCAGACGUUCAACCACGAGGUCAACCUCCAACUGCACACAGCCGUUCUCCAUAAUACAUCGGAAUCGCCGUCCACUUGUCCAGUGUGCAAGAAGACAUUUUUGAGGUUAGCCUCUCUGAAGUCCCACGUGAAUGUUCAUCUCGUAGAUGAACAUUUCGUCUGCCAGCUCUGCGAAGCCGAAUGCGAAACUCAGGAGGAACUCGACUACCAUGAAAAUACCCUACAUCCUCCGAGGGGCCCCGGUCAAAGCUCUGUCGACAGUUUGGCCAAAGUUCGGCUUCUGCGAUGCUUUCCAUGCAAGAAAUCUUUCAGCAGCAAAGAAGAAUUCCAAGCGCAUCGAGCUCAUCAUCAGAAGUUGAAAACAGCCCUACGCUUUUCGAGGAAGACAAAAACCCGAAAAGGGAAAACGGUGCCGAAAAGGAAGUGGCACGAGUGCGUGACAUGCAAGAAAACCUUCAACAAAGCAUCUCUGCUCGCCAGACAUAUGACUCUCCAUACCGGCGAAAAGAGAUUUUCCUGCGGCGAAUGCGGAAAGCGCUUCAGUCAACACGUAUCUGUGCGAGUUCAUAUGCUUACGCACUCGGGCUCCAAACCGGAAUCCUGUCCCUUCUGCACUGCAACCUUCGCCCAGAAAAGCAAUUUGAGAGCUCAUAUAAAUCGACUGCAUCCGAUGAGUGGUGAUCGGAAGCUGAAGUGUCCGGUGUGUCCAUGCGUUUUCGCUACGACGACGUCUUUGGGAUGCCAUAUCUCAUAUCGUCAUCAAGAAAUAAGGUCGAAGGAUAUAAUAGAUGCUGCGGAAGCUUCAUCAGCAGAGGAGCAGAAUCAAGAAGAGGUCCCACCGGAGACCCCCGCCGAGGGGCAAGGUGCGAUUCCUCCUGCCGAAGACGAAAAGAAAGAUGCGAUCUGUGAGAGAAAAGCUGUCGAUGACAGUGAACCUGUACUGGCUGAGAAACACCCCGAAACUCCUGAAGAAGCCCCGAAGGGGAAACAGUCCGAAAUCGAAAACGACGUUCAACUGCGAUAUGCCCCAUUAGCGGACUCGCACACGGGAGAAGUGUAUACGCACACGGUGCGAUUAAUCGGUAAACUGACUUACCACCAGUGUAUGUACUGCACCAAAGAAUUCCGUCGACCCUGCGAUCUCAUCCGACACAUUCGGGUUCACACGAACAACCGACCUUUCAAGUGUCAUAUAUGUUAUCGCGACUUCACUCUGAGAUCCUCACUCCGGGACCACCUCAAGCAACACGCAGACUCGGAUGCCUCGGAACCUCAGAACCCGGUCUCGUGUCCUCUCUGCGCGAAAACAUUCCGGACUACUCAGGCUUGUAAAACGCACAUGAUGGUCCACGGGUUGGAUGCGGCUGACAUGUAUACCCAAUACAGGUGUCGCCAGUGCGAGGCGGUGUACGAGACGAAAGAAGCUUUGACGAGCCAUGUUGAGGAAGCUCAUGGAGAUCUCAUGGUUGCCACCGAAAUGCCAAUUCAAGAUCCGAUCAUGAUAUCCGAAACCGUUAUCACGCAAUCAGCCGGAGCGAUCAAUCAGAUUGAGGGUGUGAUGGAGGAGACUACGGAUAAUAUCGAGAGGGAAGAGCGUCGUCCGUUCACAUGCAACGUUUGUGGCUUCAAAUUCAAGAAGUCUUCCCACCUCAAACAACACCUCCGAUCUCACACAGGCGAGAAACCAUUCCAGUGUCCCACGUGCGAAAAGUAUUUCGCCUCGAAAUCGGUCCUCAAUGCUCACAUUAAGACACACAGCAACGUGAAAGCUUUCCGUUGCCAGUUAUGUACGGCAGCUUUCACCACAAAAGGUUCUCUGAGGCGGCACCUCGAAACACAUGAUAGGGAAGAGAAGAUUUUCAUGUGUCCCUACUGCGAGAAGAAGUUCCGCACAAACCUGUCGGCGAAGAAGCAUAUCUCAACCAAUCACGCUGCCGAGUCAACUAUCCAAAUCCUACGAGAAGAUGUAGGUCGAGAUUCACUCGAAGAAGCCAUGACAACCAUCGAGCAAGUAGACGUCGAGGAACAGAUUGACGCAUCGGGAGACGCGCAGAAUAGUCCCGAACAGCAAAACGCACAAGUACAAGCCGCUGCAGAGUCAAUCAUGAGGAAAUCUCGAGAGGAGGAGAACGCCGUGAUGCAGGUUCAUAUAGUCGAAGAUGAGCCGACCGCCGGGACAGAGAUGGAGCCUGGCGUCAUUUCGGUUGAAAACUCGAAUGCUCUGGGUCACGGCGUCUCUGAAACCUUCAUCAUACCCCCCGAGGGUAUCAACGUGUCUGAUUUGGCCUCGCAUCUUGGCACCACAGAAGAGGCUAUCACGCUCCUGCUUCAAGAAAAUGAAGGCCAGCAGCUUCAAGGCUCCGUGAUAGAGGCUCAUCAGGACCCCACAGGUGUGUUCGCCCGGAAAGAAGCUUCGGGAGCCGAGAUCGUAUUCCUCGCCUUCCGAGGGGGCGUGCCUCUGAUCCAGCAUCUCCCCGAUGGUCAGGAAGUGGACGGGGAAAAUAUGUCUAGUAUUAUAAAUUUCAAGUGCAGCGAAUGUCAUUCAGUAUUCCCGACCUCCGGCGCUCUCGUCAGUCAUUUGACCGAGUGCAAGAAUCAGGAUAUCUCUACUGCGGCUGAAAUUCAGUUCCCGACCUGUCCCGAGUGCGGAGUCUUCGCAGAAACUGAAGCUGUUUUGCGCGACCACUUAGAGCAAGAUCACGGCUCACUCGCAUUGCGGAACGCCCAGAAAAGCCAAAGAAAGCCCAAUAAGACGCGCUUCACCUCAGAUCACAUCCAGAUCCAAACCUCCGAGGAACUUGCUCUCAAGAAUCCGAAGGAUACAAACUCAUUAUUCGAGAAGGCUCUUAUCGCUAGUGCCAAUGACAUGAAGAGGACUCACCGCGUUGGCGAAGAGAAGACGAAAAUCAACCAAUCGUUCGCACAUAAGUGCACCGAAUGCCCGAAAUCCUUCCGAAAGAAUUCGGACCUGAUACGACACGUCAGGACUCACACUGGCGAGAGACCUUUCGUGUGCCAAAUUUGUCAACGAGCUUUUGCCGUUAAAUCUUCCCUCGACAUUCAUUUCAAAACUCAUUCGGGUGAGAAGAACUUCCCGUGUGAGGUGUGCUCUCGAGAUUUCGCGACGAUGGGAUCUCUGGUGGUUCACAUGCGACUGCACACGGGAGCUCGCCCUUAUGUCUGCUCAUACUGUCCAGCGAAAUUCAGAACCUCUGGAAACCGCAAGGUUCACGAACGUCAGCAUGGUAAGACUGCGUCGACCCUGGAACAAGACGCAGCCAGAGUUUCGCACCAUAUCGUCGCGGCCCAUCCAUCGGCGGUACCGAUUCAGUACCAACAGCAAGCCGGAGAAGCGGCGGAUCAGAGCUUGACGGGCUGGCUCGUCGACGAAUACGAGACGACGCAGCGCUGAGAUCAGCCACCGAGUCAUCGACAUUGUUCCUCCUUGUAAUUUAAAAUGUAUAUUCAGAUGAUACGUAUAAACCGUG